UUAGGCUUCAGCGCCAGGUUUGGGAGAGGUAAAAUGGGGUCUUUCGACCCGGAGUUACCUAACCUACGGCCCCCGGGAGUCUCUUCUUUUUUGACGGCUCUCUUGUAGUUUGGGGACCGUUUGCCGAGAGUGUUGAAAGUUUCACGUGUUUGCGGUGCUUUGAUGAGGCAGCUAAUGGAAGUUAUAUCCACAUCAUGAAGAAGAAAGGAAGAGGAAGAACAAGCAGACAGAGAAGAAGAAAAUCAUUUGGAACCUCAGAGUUGAGUAAAGUGAGUGAGAGCCACAAAUCAGAAUUUAUAGAACUUAGGAAGUGGCUGAAAGAGAGGAAAUUUGAAGACCAUAACCUAAGGCCAACAAGAUUUUCAGGUACAGGAAGAGGACUUAUGGCUGUACAAUCCUUGCAGCCAGGAGAGCUGAUUAUUUCAUUGCCUGAGAAGUGCCUGCUCACUACAGACACUGUAAUUAAAAGCUACUUGGGAGAUUACAUUACUAAGUGGACGCCUCCUAUAUCUCCCUUGCUGGCCCUGUGUGCCUUUUUGAUUUCAGAAAAACAUGCAGGAAACAAGUCUCCCUGGAAGCCCUACCUGGAUGUUUUACCAAAAACCUAUACUUGUCUCGUUUGUUUAGAACCUAGAGUGGUGAGACUUUUACCUACACCUUUAAAAAUGAAAGCCCAGGAACAGAGGACACAAGUUCAGGAGUUGUUCGUUUCUUCCAGAAGGUUCUUUUCUUCCCUCCAGUCUUUAUUUACUGAGGAUGUGGAACACAUUUUUCACUAUAAUGCUUUUCUUUGGGCUUGGUGUACCAUUAACACCAGAACAGUGUACAUGAAACAAGCACGGAAGGAGUGUCUUUCGGCAGAGCCAGAUGUGUAUGCUUUAGCUCCAUAUUUAGAUCUGUUGAAUCACAGUCCAAGGGUUCAGGUAAAAGCAGCAUUUAAUGAGGAAACUCAUUGUUAUGAAAUUAGGACUACUUCUAGUUGCAAAAAAUAUGAAGAACUGUUCAUCUGCUAUGGCCCUCAUGAUAACCACCGACUGCUUUUAGAAUACGGAUUUGUUGCCAUCGAUAAUCCACAUAGUGCUGUUUAUACAUCAAUAGAUAACCUUGUUGAUCACCUUCCCUCACUGGACACACAGAUGAAUAAGAAGAUUUCCCUUUUAGGGGAGCAUGGCUUUUCAGAGAAUUUAACUUUUGGAUGGGAUGGGCCAUCUUGGAGACUGCUUACAGCCCUUAAGUUGUUAUGUCUUGAAGCGGAUGAAUUUACAUGCUGGAAGAAAGUGCUUCUUGGUGAAGUAAUUUCAAGCACAAAUGAAUGGAAGAGUUUGGUUUUAUCCAGAAAAAUAUGCAUUUAUCAUAUAGAAGAGGCCAAAACUGCACUUCAGAAGAUUUCCCAUAUGAAGGCUGAAGAAGCAACCCUGAAAGACCAGUUAACUUUGAUAGAGAAUUUAUGGAUAGAAGAACUAAAGCUUCUUCAAGUAUCUGCAGAUAUUCUAGAGACUAUGCACCAAGAAACCACCUGACCUGCCGAGAAUUAUUUCCUCUACCCCUGUGGUGUGUGACUUUUUGCAGGUUGCCUGGUUCUUUUGAUGAUGAGUUUUUUGAAUCUUCUGUUUGCAAAAACAUCACCCCUUCAGGAAGCAUUUAAGUACUUGGUCCAAUCUCUCUGUUGAGUGCUGAAAGUACAAAUAUAAAAGAAAGAUAGUCCCUGCCCUUAGGGAGGACACAUUCUUCUGGGGGAUUAAAAGGUGCUCACAGUUAAGUGAAUAUUCAGUUUAUACAAAAUAUUUGGGAAGUGGCUGGAAAGGGAUACUAGCAACUGGGUGAAUCAAGAAAAGCGUCUUGAAAGAGGUGGCUUGAGCAGAGCCUUGAAGGGGUUUAGAGGUUGCAAAAGUACGAGGAAGGAAGAAGACCAUUGUAGGCUUGGGAUGAUAGCUGGGGAAAAGAUGAGGAGGCAGGAGAUUGAAUGUCCCAUUCAGCAAGAUGUCACAUACAAGCAAUAUCAUGAAUGGCCAGCAAGAGGACUGAUGUGACCAGAGUAAUGUGGAAUCAGCCUGGAAACAUAGGCUGGAGCAACAUUGUAAAGGGCUUAAAGAACCUGAUCCACAGACAUCUAUCCACUUGUGUUCAUAUCUUUGCCACCACUUAAAAACACAUACACGAU